CAAGAAAAGAUUGCAUAAUGCACGUCACACCGCCAUGCGUUACGUGUGUUAAAAUUGUGUGCGCAACCGGGAUUUUGUGAUGAAGAAUAGCAGUUUUUAGAGAUAAAAUUGCAAAUUCUUGGUUGUAAAAGGCAAACUUCUUCUUCUGUCAUGGGCUUACUCCGAUUCACAUCCCUUCUGAAUGAAGCAACUAGACGCAAUGUGAAAUUUGCUUUCGACUUCCGAAAACAGAUUUUACCUACAAGUGCUUGUUACCGGCAUGCAUCCUCUUCAACUGGAAAUGUCGAUGUGCGAAAGAUACGCAACAUUGGCAUAUCGGCCCACAUUGACUCUGGAAAGACGACCCUCACAGAACGGCUCUUGUUCUACACAGGCAGAAUCAAACAGAUGCACGAGGUGAAAGGAAAGGACAAUGUUGGUGCCACGAUGGACUCCAUGGAGCUAGAGCGACAGAGAGGAAUCACCAUACAGUCGGCUGCGACACACGUUGAGUGGAAAGACUACAAUAUCAACAUCAUUGAUACACCAGGGCAUGUUGACUUUACUGUAGAAGUAGAGAGAGCCUUACGCGUACUAGACGGUGCCGUGCUGGUUCUGUGUGCUGUAGGAGGAGUCCAAAGCCAGACUUUCACUGUCAACAGACAGAUGAAGCGAUACAACGUGCCACGCAUCGCAUUCAUCAAUAAACUGGACAGGCUCAAGGCGAAUCCACACCGUGUGUUGUCCCAGCUCCGUUCCAAGCUCAACCACAACGCAGCCUUCUUGCAAUUACCCAUUGGCCUGGAGUCCAGUACUAAAGGUGUGGUGGACCUGAUCCAUCGACGAGCCAUCUACUUCGAGGGAGACCAGGGGCAGAAUGUUAUUCAGAAGGAGGUUCCUGAGGAAUUGCAAGCGGAAAUGGAAGAAAAGAGACAAGAAAUGAUAGAAUGUGUAGCAAAUGUGGACGAGGAGCUCGGUGACAUGUUUCUCUCAGAAUUGGAACCAAACGAAGAGCAGAUAAAGGCAGCCGUCCGUCGUGCGACCCUCAAACAAGCCUUCACUCCAGUCUUUCUCGGAACAGCCCUGAAAAACAAAGGAGUACAGCCAUUGCUUGAUGCAGUCUUGGACUACCUCCCCAAUCCCACUGAAGUGGAUAAUUACGCCUUUGACGAGGAGGAUCAAAAGUUGAAGAUGGAUCCAAGGAGAGAUGAUUUGAACCCAUUUGUCGCUCUCGCCUUCAAACUUGAGGCUGGGCGGUUUGGUCAGCUGACUUACAUGAGGGUAUACCAGGGCCAUCUACAGAAGGGUCAAUACAUCUACAACACGCGGACAAACAAACGAGUCAAGGUGUCUAGGCUGGUACGCAUGCAUGCUGAUAAAAUGCAGGACCAGACUGACAUCUAUGCUGGUGACAUCAGCGCCCUCUUUGGCAUUGAUUGUGCCAGCGGCGACACCUUCGUCUCCAAACCCAAGUUCCAGCUGUCCAUGGAAUCGAUUCACGUCCCAGAACCUGUCAUUUCGCUUGCCAUCAGGCCACAGAAAAAGACCGACAUUGAUAAUUUCUCCAAAGCGAUCAAUCGUUUCACCCGUGAGGACCCGACGUUUACUGUGCACUUUGACAAUGAGAGCAAAGAGACGAUAGUGUCCGGCAUGGGAGAGUUGCAUCUUGAAAUCUACGCCCAGAGGAUGGAAAAUGAAUACAACUGCCCUGUGGUUGUAGGCAAACCCAAAGUGGCCUUUCGGGAGUCCAUCUUGCGACCCAUAGAAUUUGACUACUUACACAAAAAGCAGUCGGGCGGCGCCGGCCAGUACGGUAAAGUUAUCGGUGUGAUUGAGCCUCUACCUUCGGAUUCUUACACCAAGAUAGAGUUCGAAGACGAGACCUUGGGAACCAAUGUCCCCAAACAGUUUGUUCCAGCAGUGGAAAAGGGUUUCUAUGAAGGAGCAGAGAAGGGCCUCCAAAUAGGCCAGAAGAUCACAGGUAUCCGCAUGCGUCUUCAAGACGGUCAGCAUCACAUGGUGGACUCUAGUGAGCUAGCUUUCAGGUUGGCUGGUCUUGGAGCCAUCAAGCAAGCAAUGAGUGAAGUAGCAUGCCACAUCUUGGAACCGAUCAUGAACGUGGAAGUGACAGCGCCCUCAGAGUUUCACGGUACCGUCUUGGCUGGCAUCAACAAACGCAACGGGGUGAUUUCGGGCUCGGAUGGCGGGGAGGGGUACUUCUCCAUCAGUUGUGACGUGCCGCUGAACGACAUGUUCGGUUACGCUACCGAGCUCCGGUCUGCCACCCAAGGCAAAGGCGAGUACACCAUGGAAUACAGCCACUACCAGCCCUGCCGACCCGCUGUGCAAGAAGCACUGAUCCUACAAUAUCAACAAGAAAACGGUCUGGUCAAAACGGCCAAACGCUCAAGAUGAUGAAGGUAUUGCUGUAAAAGAAGUGUAUAUUUAUUAUAACUAUUGUCUGCAAUAUAAAUAAUGACUUUGUUGUUUUGAAACUAUUGUCUGGGUAAUAUUUCAGACAUUUUUUAUUUAUAUUAUUUUUAGAGUGUUAAUAAUGUUUUUAAUUAAAUACUAGAAAAUGAAACGAAAUUUCAAAGAAAAGUAUCCGUAGAUAUUUUCCAGAGCUAAAAGUACCUGGAAAAUCAUGUGUAAAGUCCACUCUGUGGAAACAAGAAAUAUAAGUGAACAUGUUCUAAGGUUCACGGAAAGGACUUGAAAGUUGAUUCAAAUAUGACAGGAAGUUGAUCGAUGAUGGGCCAAGUUUUAACUUUUAAUUGAGGUCGGGGGUUCAAGUCCCAACAAAGUUGGUUUCUUUCACUCAACCUGAUAUUUAUCAAAAUGAAAGUAGGAAGUUUCCUUUGUGCUUUGUUUGAGGAUUUGUCAACAAGUUGAGUUAAUUAAAAAAAAAAAAUUGCCAGUUUAGCCUAAACUAUUCCGAUGUUGCAGAGACUUCAACAGUGAGGGUUCGAAUCCUUCCAAGGCACAUAGAACGAGUGUCCUUGAGCAAGGGAUUUUACCACACUUUCUUUACCUCUUGUGAUGAACUUGGUUGUACAUGAUUUGAUGAAAAAAUAAAAAUGCCAUCGCACUUGCUUCUCACAAUCACUCGGGUAGUGAUAUUUAAAAUGAUUUAAGCGACAAGAAAACUCACUGAGUGCAAACCAAACAGCUUGCCGUCUCAAGUAGGAGUCAUUUGCAGUGUGUGCCAAUUUGGAUUGCAGUGUCAUGUUGCAAUACACUAGUAUAAGCCUUAUUACAAAUUUGUAGACCGUAAUUAUAAGGAUAAUGUUAAUCAGUCAUCCCAUGUUGUACUUUUUUUUCAUCUGUGUUUAUAUUAUCAGUGAGAAAUAAAAACAAAACUGAUAUCAGACCAAUGUUUUUGGUUUUCUUAACGUUCUUGAACAGAUUGAGCAAUAUAUCAAGUGAAGUUACCGUAUGUUGUGUAUCUGUGAUAAGUUUUCCUUUACAUGUGUAAAGAUAUUGUCAAAUGUUGUGA